CCAUUAUUAUUAUUUUUAUUCUAGUGAGUACUUGCAAAUCCAAAAAAAUAACCACUCUUCAGAAAAUGUAUUACAGACAGCACUGACGACAAAAGAAAUUAAUGAGUGAUACAGAUUACAGAAUUGCAACAGAAGGUAUCAUCGAUUUGUCGUGUUCGCUUGACACAAAUUUAUUUUGAGGUGUUAUUCGCGGUACAUCUAAUUUGUAUUUAAUUUUAAACUCAUUACAAAACAAUAGAGUAAAAGUAACUUUGAGAAUCUUUUAUUUUUGAAUUUAUCAAAAUUAUUUUAAGUUUGCAAGUGCAGAAAAUUCCCAUUCAAGAAUGUCUAAUUUCAACAAAAAAUCUUUGGCUUGGAAAUUUUUUACUGACUUGGGUAAUGUCAGGGCCUCUUGUAAUAUAUGUGGCAAAGUUUUAUCAUAUAGAGGCGGUGGUCCAUUUAACUUAACUCGACAUACAAAAGUUAAGCACCCAGAUGAAUAUGAAAUUAGAAAUACACUAAUUGAUUCUAAACCAAAUGUUAUUUCUAGAAAAACAGCAAAACUAAAAAUCAAACCAACAAGUACAAAAAUAAAAAAGAAAUAUAUUUCUAACAAUUUUAACGUUAAAAAAGCCGAAUCUCAAAAUGCUACUUCUUCUAAGAGUUUUUAUUUAAAAAAAGUUGAAUCUCAAAACGAAUCUAUUCCUGACAAUUUCUAUGAAAGAAAAGAUGAAAUUCAAAAUGAUCCUUUAAAUGACAAUUUCUAUGAAAGAAAAGAUGAAAUUCAAAAUGAACCUAUUCCUGAAUCAAAACCCGCCAAUUCAAAUAUUGAGUUAAUUAAACUCAUUACAAAGCAAUAUUUGGACUUAAAUAUAGUAGAGAGUAAAGAAUUCAAAGGAUUUGUCAAUAAAUUGAAUUCCAAUUAUCAUGUCCCAUCUCGAUAUAGAUUGUCUUAUGAGCUCUUGACCGAUUGCUACAAAAUGACAAAAGAACGAGUUAAAAACUCACUACAACAGGCAAAUUAUGUCUCAUUGACAACUGAUUGCUGGUCAUCGUCAACUGCAAAUGAAAGCUACAUAUCCUUAACAGCUCAUUUUUUGGAUGAAAAAACUGAAAUGCAAUCAUGUUUGUUAGAAUGCUGCCAAUUUGCAGAAGGUCAAAACCUUAGCAUUAUCCUGGCAACAAUUUGCGAUGAUUGGGAUAUAACAGAUAAAGUAGUUGCUGUUAAUUCACAUAACGAUGACAACUUAAAAGAAGCAAUUUACUUAAACCAUUGGACACAGAUUACCUGCAUUGCUCAAACUAUCAAUCUUGCUGUCCAAUUAGCCUUGCAAAACAUUGAAGACACUCAGAUUAAAGUCAGAUCAAUUGUUGAGCUUUUUCAAAAUAGUCCUACAGCAACUGAGGAAUUACAAGAAAUGCAAUUGCAAUUGGAAGAAAAUCCAAAUCUUAAACUGAAACAAGGUCUACCAACUCGAUGGACCUCAACAUAUGAGUUGUUUGAACAGGUUCUAUCCAUUAAGAACAGUCUGAGUUCAAUACUAAGUUCACACUUUCCAGAAGAAGAAAGCAUCUCAAUCGAGGAUAUCAAUAUUAUGUCAUAUGCCACCGAACUUUUAUCCUAUUUCAAAGAUUUUAUCGAAGAAAUAAGGUCCCAAAACAAUGUGAUUAUCUCAGAGGUAAUAUUGAUAUCCAACGGCCUUAUAAAACAAAUUGAAAAAUUUUUAUCAAAAGGUAUAAAAAUACCAAUUUGUGUAAAAAAUAUGGGAGAAUUUCUCCUGACUGAAAUGAGUGAACAUUUUAACGAAAUUGAAUUUAAUGAUUUAUUUGCAUCAAGCACGCUUUUAGAUCCUAGAUUUAAAAAAUAUGGUUUUUCAAACGAUUUAGCUUUUGAAGAAGCCUACACGAAUUUAAAAGCUUUGGUUUCGAAUGACCCAUUAAAAGAUGACGAAUUGGAAGGUGAACUCUUGAUUCCAAUGAAUUCAAGAAAAUCAGGUAUUAUUUGGCAAGAUUUUGAUGAAAAAGUUAACGAAGUAAUAAAAAGUUCGGAUCCUUUAACAGAUGAUGAAUUAGACGAUUACCUUAAGGAACCUUUGUUACAUCGAAGUAAAUCUCCGUUAAAAUGGUGGAAUGAUAGGAAGACCAUUUAUCCUAAAAUGUAUGAGAUUGUUAAGAAAAGGCUGUGCAUAAUUGCUAACUCUGUACCGGGGGAGUUAUUGUUUUCUGAAAUUGGUCAAAAUGUUAUAAAAAGAAGGAAUAUGCUAAACGGAAAUUGUGUACCACAAUUUGUAUUUCUAAAUUUUAAUAUGUAAUGUGUUUUUACUUAUAAGUAUAUGUGAUAUAUUUUUGUUUGUUUAUAAUAAAAAAAAUUAAAAAAAAAAA